AUGGUACAAAAGUUUGGAAGAAAAAACAUUGAAUCAGAAAAAAAUAAAAAGCAGGCAUUAUCAACAUCAACGACAAAAAAUAAAAAAGUAGCAUUCAAACUGAUUGGUUUUGAUACUUCCGACGAAGAGAAUAAAUCACCUGACAAACAACGAGAUUCUCUUACAGCUAUACAAAAUACGCUUCAAACUAUAUUCAGUUCAUCUUCACAAGCAGCACCUGGUACUUCAACAAAACGAACAAUGCUCAAACAAACCAAUGGAAAAAUUAUGACAGAAAAUGAUGUUAUUGAACAACUUGAAGAAAUUCGACGAAAAAAAAAACAGAAGCAAUCACGUUCUACUAAUCGGGAGACCGGUGCACGACAACGUCGUACUAUGCAAAAAAACGGUAUGUUCAGUCAAACGUAAAAUAUAAUAAGAGCCGCGCUCUGUAUAUCAUAUUAAAAAUAGCUAUUAAAAAUAGCUUACUCACUUUUGGUUGUUGAAUUAUCACAUCUAUGCUAACAGAAAGUUUUUGAUAUAUUUAGAUUCACCUAAUACAACACCUAUAGCUAGCACAAUUUCUAUUGGACCAUCUCAUACAUGAAUUGUUUAAUCUUUCUCGUCAGGUAUUUAUUCAUAUUUUGACAACACUUAAAUAGUAUGAUAAAAUUUUCUGAAUCAUUUUUAUUUUUUUCUAAUUAGAUUAUGCUUGAAAUUCUUUUAUAAAUUCAUCUGUAUCAUGAUAUGAGUUUUUUUCUUUUUUACAUCUUUCUCUAACUCAACUGUACUAUAUUUUAUGUUCUAUUGUAAAAUUUUUAUAUAUAAUUCUACAUUGCCAAAGUGUUUGGGAUCAUUAUCAGCUUCUAUUUCAAAAAUUUAUCACAUAUUGUAUCAUAUAAUUUGCAUAAAUCUGUUUCAGUUAUUUUAUAAACAUUACAAUCCCUUUCAUAUUCGAAAAGCUUACAUUUUUGCCAUUUAGAAUUUUUUCUUUUAUUCUUGAAAGAGUAGCGUCAUCAAAACAAAGAGUACAGAUUAUCUUUUGUAUACUUCUAUACUAACGCUUUGUUCCUUUAUUCUGAAUAUCCAUACGAUUCUGUAUAUUAUAGGAUUUUAUUUUUAUGACUCACUAUUUCUUCUUUGUGUGCUUAUUUAUAAUGUUGUCAAUUCAUAAAAUGAAGCGUUCUUCGAUUAUAUAUUGUAAACUAUAAUAUUUAUCUUUCACUCUAUAGAUACAUAUGAAUAAAGUGAAGUUUUUAUCAAAUGAGAACAUCCC